GAUUUCGUGUAGAGUAAUUGGGCGCUUAGGAUUAAGAUGAAAUAUAUUUCUCCCAAUACAACUUGUUUCUUCCCCUCUCUUCUCCCCUUCGUCGUCGUUUACCGAUAAAAAGCCCAAGCUACCAAACACACAGAUUGAAAUUUAUACAUACAAAACAUCAUCACUGUAGACUACACACACACAAACACCUUAUAUAAACACACACACAUUCUCAGCGAUCGAGAUCUUCGUUGACCGUAUCGAGCUUCGACAGCUACUCUUUUAUGUUCACUCGCUAAUCAUCUCUCCUUGUUUUCUUCGUAAAGGGUUUUAGGUAUGCACCGAGUGGGAAGUUCCGGGAACACGUCGAAUUCGGUUCGUCCGCGGAAAGAGAAGAGGCUGACUUAUGUGUUGAGCGAUGCGGAUGAUACUAAGCAUUGUGCGGGUAUAAAUUGCUUGGCUUUAUUGAAGUCACCCGUACCUGAUGGGCACGACUCCCUCUUCACUGGGAGCCGUGAUGGCACCUUAAAGAGAUGGACAAUAGCUGAUAAUAAUGCUACCUUCUCGACUACCUUUGAGUCUCAUAUAGACUGGGUCAAUGAUGCUGUCCUUGCAGGUGGUAAUACACUAGUUUCCUGCUCAUCGGACACCACAGUCAAGACAUGGAAUUCUUUGUCAAAUGGAACUUGCACCAGGACUCUUCGUCAACAUUCUGAUUAUGUUACAUGCCUUGCUGCAGCAGAAAGAAAUGGGAACAUUGUUGCCUCCGGUGGGCUUGGUGGUGAGGUCUUCAUAUGGGAUGUUGAAGCUGCCCUUUCUCCUGUCACCAAGUCUAGUGAUACCGCGGAAGACGAUUGUUCAAAUGGUAACGGUGCCGGAAAUUCACAACCGACUACUAGUCUAAGGACUGUCGGAUCAAGUAAUAGCAUUUCCUUGCACACAACACAGUCACAAGGAUAUGUGCCUAUUACUGCUAAAGGCCAUAAAGAAUCAGUUUAUGCAUUGGCAAUGAAUGAUACCGGUAGCCUUCUUGUUUCUGGUGGAACAGAGAAGGUUGUGCGUGUUUGGGACCCCAGAAACGGUUCAAAGACCAUGAAGCUGAAAGGGCAUACAGAUAAUAUUAGGGCAUUGCUUUUGGAUUCUACUGGCAGGCUCUGCUUAUCAGGAUCAUCAGAUUCAAUGAUCAGACUUUGGGACCUUGGCCAGCAGCGUUGCGUGCAUUCAUAUGCUGUGCAUACAGAUUCAGUUUGGGCACUUGCUAGUACCCCCACUUUCAGUCAUGUUUAUAGUGGUGGCAGAGAUCUUUCUUUGUACUUGACAGACUUGUCAACAAGAGAAAGUAUCCUACUUUGCACAAAGGAACAUCCCAUCUUACAGUUGUCAUUGCAUGAUGAUAGUAUAUGGGCUGCAACUACAGAUUCCUCUGUACAUAGAUGGCCAGCUGAGGUUCACAAUCCUCAAAAGGCUUUCCAAAGGGGUGGCUCAUUCUUGGCUGGAAAUCUGUCAUUUUCAAGGGCAAGAGCUUCAUUAGAAGGGUCUACUCCUGUUCCUGUAUAUAGAGAACCAUCGCUUAGCAUACCUGGGACUCGAGGAAUCGUGCAACAUGAAAUUUUGAACAACAGAAGGCAUGUUCUCACUAAGGAUACUGUUGGUUCAGUGAAGCUGUGGGAAAUUACCAGAGGGGUUGUCAUUGAAGACUACGGAGAGGUUUCUUUUGAGAAGAAGAAGGAAGAUCUUUUUGAAAUGGUAAGUAUUCCUGCAUGGUUCACUGUGGAUACCAGGCUUGGGAGCUUGUCUAUACAUUUGGAUACCCCACAAUGCUUCUCUGCUGAGAUGUAUUCUGCAGAUCUUAAUAUUGUCGGGAAACCUGAGGAUGACAAGAUCAAUUUAGCUCGGGAAACCCUUAAAGGUCUGCUAGCUCAUUGGUUGAGCAAAAGAAGGAACAGAUUUGGAACCAAGGCCUUGGCAAACGGUGAUGUUCCUACUGGUAAGGAGAUUACUUCAAGGAGCAUCACCCUUUCGAAAGUCGAGGUAGAUGGCAACAGUGAAAACGACUCUUUGGUGUAUCCUCCAUUUGAAUUCUUAGCAUCUUCAUCUCCCUCUAUUAUUACCGAGGGCUCCCAAGGUGGCCCAUGGAGGAAAAAGAUUACAGAUCUGGAUGGCACAGAAGACGAAAAGGACUUCCCCUGGUGGGUUUUAGACUGUGUAUUAAAUAACCGUCUGCCUCCCAGGGAAAACACCAAAUGCAGCUUCUAUCUACAACCUUUGGAAGGUUCAGCUGCCCAGAUGCUUACACAAGGGAAACUGAGUGCGCCUCGCAUAUUGAGAGUACACAAAGUUGUUAAUUACGUGGUUGAAAAGAUGGUACUCGACCAACCGUUGGAUAUUGUAAACCCCGAAGGAGCUAAAUCUUCUGGAUUACCCGGAGGACAGAUACAGCAUACAUCUUCAGGAGGAGAUGCUUCUUUUCGAUCUGGUUUAAAACCCUGGCAGAAGCUGAAGCCUUCUAUAGAGAUCUUGUGCAAUAAUCAGGUCUUGUCUCCUGAGAUGAGCUUGGCUACCGUUCGAACCUAUAUAUGGAAGAAGUCUGAUGAUCUUGUGCUGAACUACAGAAUAAAGCAGGGAAGAUAACUCUCAUAGAGUUGGGAAGGGCUGAGCUACCUUGCAAGAUUUUUGGGAGUGAUCCAUUUUUCUGAGGUGCUUCUCAUGAUAAAAAGUACUUGAUGCGUUGCUUGUAUAUCUGGCUGACAAGUUGGUUACUAGAUCUAGCAGCACUAGAGGUGCUGGUCAGCAGUUGCCUAGUUAAAGAUGAAAAGAAUUGCAUGUUGAAGUUUGGUGCUGACAUGCUAGCUCUUUUUAUACAUGUGUGGAGUGAGUUGCAUCAGUUGAUCAAAGUAAGGAAUGUUAACAGAGGAGUAAGAGGGAUACUUUUUAGAUGAGCCAAAUUGGCGAGAUAUGAUGUCGACAAGCUUUGUAGAUUUGUAUUAUCGGGCUACUCUUCCUGUAAAAUUGAUGUGUUAUUUAUUAGAUAAUUAUAUUUUUCUGCAAAUAAAACAGUUUCGGCCCUCCAAA